GAGAAGCCGAGGCCAAACCGGGAACCUUGUCUCCCUUGGCCCCCAAGCUCGGGGGCCUUCCCCAGGGAUCCUCCGCUCACCGCUGCCUGGCUGCUCCCAGCCUUGGACACUGGGCAGGAUGUGGGGAGCCCUGGGGGCCCAGAAUGCUCUCCGCCUUUGUUUGCAGCCCCAGGCUCCCUCCGAUUCCUGUCCAUUUGUUCCUGCACAGGCUCCAUCCCUUUAGAAGGAUCCGUCUGUCCCGGGGACUCUUCUGUCGGCCCCACCUCUCCGUCCUCCCCGAAUGGCCAGCCUGCGACCCCUUCCAGCCCACUUUGUGCAUGAGAGUGACCAGAGACAAUUGUAGAUCAUGCAAUGGUAACCCUGCAGGGGGUCCCGCAGCCAGUCCAAGCCCUGCAGCCCAGGAGACGAGUCCCGGGCCAGAGAGGGCGAGUGAUUUGCCCAAGGUCACACAGCAUGUGCCGGUUUAUCAUUCAAUAAGCGUUCACGAAGCGGCAGCUAUUUGCAACGCCCCUCGCCCCCCGCACAGUACUUGCCUUCUUCCUUCCCAGCCUCCCUCCUCCAUUGCUCUUCCUCGCCCACCUGCACCCUCCCCUCCUCGUUCUCGCGUCUCCUCCUCUUCUGCUCAUCCCCCAGCCUCGAUUGUCCCUCCCUCCCCCGCCAUCCCUCGGGCUCCCCUCGGGCAGCCACCACCGCAGCAGGCAGCAGCGAGCGCUCGCCCGCUCCUCGGAGCAGCAGGGAAAGCAGUGCGCAGCCCCGGCCGCCGGAUCGCCGGAUCGCCGGAUCGCGGGCUCCCAGAGGGCGCGGGGAGCACCCUGCGGGCCCAGGGGGCCUCUUCUCCGAAGGUUCGGGGCUCCGGGGCGCCCUUUCCGGGAUCGCAGAGAGAACGAGGGCUUUGGCGCUGAAAGGCCCCACCUGGCGAGUCUUGAAGGGAACAGCCUUUUAACUCACUGGCCAGGGCUGCCUCACAUCUGCCCUAGCGGCACUUCUCUCUCCCCUGAGCCCACUGGGCCUGCCAGGGACUGGGCUCAGGAUCUGGGAGCUCCAGCCUGGACUGGAAGUGCUGGCUGAGGAAAGUGUGCAAAAGGAGAAACUGAGGCUGAAUAGACAUCUGGGACUUGCUCCAGCUCCAGCCUCCUUGGAAUUUCCAAGUGACAAAAUCCCUCUUCAACUGGGGCUAGACGGUGGAGAGAAACAGAAUAGAUAGCUGCCCCUAGCUGGUUUUUAAAUGGAGACCUGAGGACGAUGGAGCCAAGGAGGUGCCCUGACAUCCUCCUGGAGGGGACUUGGGAGAUCAUCUAGGCUGAGGUUCCCCAGAGGCUGCUUCUAAAGCUCUUUCCCUUCCACGACAAGCUGAGGCUCCUUCCUUCUCAGCAGCCCUCGAUGGCUAGCCCAGAGCAAAGGUGGUGAUGGUCCUCCUUUCUUUCCGCCUUUCCCUCAAAGCCUUCCUGGAGGACGGGAUGGGCGAGCUGCUGGGUCGGCUUCCACCAGACCCUUCCCUCUGCCCUUCCCUUGCAGGGACCAUGUCGCCGCUGAGCACCGGGCUGCUGCUGAGCCUGCUGGGCCCCGUGGCCUGCUGGGCCCUGGGCUCAGGUUCCGAGCUUCGCUCCGCCUUCUCCGUGGCCCGGACCAGCAGCCUGGAGGGAACCACGGAGAUGGCGGUGACCUUCGACAAGGUCUACGUGAACAUCGGAGGCGACUUCGACCCCGGGACGGGCCUGUUCCGCUGCCGAGUGCCGGGCGCCUACUACUUCUCCUUCACCGUGGCCAAGUUCCCCCAGAAGAGCCUGUCCGUGAUGCUGGUGAGGAACCGGAACGAGGUGCAGGCCCUGGCCUUUGACGAGCAGCAGCGGCCCGAGCGCAAGGCGGCCAGCCAGAGCGCCAUGCUGCAGCUGGACUACGGGGACACGGUGUGGCUGCGGCUGCACGGGGACCCCCAGUACGCGCUCUACGGCUCGGCGGGGGGGCCCUGCACCACCUUCAGCGGCUACCUCAUCUACCCCGACACCUCCUCCUACUUCCAUAGCCGCGGGGGCCUCCCCGCCCAGCAGCCCGCAGGCCUGGCGCCGGAGGCGGAGCCCGACCCCCGCUCCGCCUUCUCGGCUGCCCGCUCCGAAAGCCUGGUGGGGAUCGACGAGGCGCCUUCGGUCCGGCACCGGCCGCUGACCUUCGACACGGAAUUCGUCAACAUCGGAGGGGACUUCGACGCGGCUUCCGGGAUCUUCCGCUGCCGCCUGCCCGGCGCCUACUACUUCUCCUUCACCAUCGGCAAGAUGCCGCACAAGAUGCUGUCGGUGAAGCUGAUGAAGAACCGGGACGAGGUCCAGGCCAUGAUCUACGACGACAGCCCCUCGAGGCGGCGGGAGAUGCAGAGCCAGAGCGUCAUGCUGGCCCUGAGGCCGGGGGACACCGUGUGGCUCCACAGCCACCAGCACGAGGGCUACGGCGCCUACAGCAACCACGGCAAGUACAUCACCUUCACCGGCUUCCUGGUGUACCCGGACCUCCCGCCCGGCCAGUUCGGAGCGCUGGGGCCCUGAUCAGCCCCGGGGGGCCCCGAGGGGGCAGCAGACAGGGGGGGAGGGGGAGGGGUGCAUGCCGCGUGUCCUGAGGGCCCCACUGGCAUGUCGGUGUCCCCGGGAGCACAAGGGCUGCCCGCGGCCACUAGGGGGGGAGGGGGGCAUUCUGUGGGGGCGGGGUCUGGACUUGGGCCAAUAAAGCAGUGCCGAGUGACUCCA